GUGGGCGGCGGCUCGGCCCGGCCGCGGGAUGUCGGGCUGCGCGGCGCGGCGCUGCGUGGCGGCGGCGCUCAGCCGGUGCCGGGCCCGCGGGCUGCCGCUCUGGGAGCUGCGCCCGGCCCGUGGGCUGCGACCUCUGGGCCCAGUGGGAGCAGCGGCCCUCCCGCUGCUGGCACCGCCGCAGCGACACCUCUCGUCACGAAACCGCCCAGAAGGCAAAGUGCUGGAGACUGUGGGAGUGUUUGAGGCACCAAAGCAGCAUGGCAAGUACGAAACAGGGCAGCUGUUUCUUCACAGUGUGUUUGGCUAUCGAGGAAUAGUCCUGUUCCCCUGGCAAGCCAGGCUCUAUGAUCGAGAUGUGGCUUCUCCUGUCACAGAGAAGAGUGAGAAUGCAACAGGCCAUGGUUCCAAAGAGGUCAAGGGCAAAACACACACUUACUAUCAGGUGUUAAUAGAUGCCCGGGAUUGUCCACAUAUAUCCCAGAGAUCACAGACAGAAGCAGUGACGUUCCUUGCAAAUCAUGAUGACAGCAGAGCCCUCUAUGCCAUACCAGGUUUAGACUAUGUAAGCCAUGAAGAUAUCCUUCCCUACAGUUCCACUGAUCAAGUGCCCAUCCAGCACGAGCUUUUUGAGAGGUUCCUCAUGUACGACCAAACAAAAGUUCCACCUUUUGUAGCAAGGGAUACCCUGUGUGCAUGGCAGGAGAAGAACCACCCCUGGCUGGAGCUCUCCGAUGUGCACCGUGAAACCACAGAGAACAUCCGUGUUACAGUCAUCCCUUUCUAUAUGGGCAUGAGGGAAGCCCAGAAUUCCCAUGUCUACUGGUGGCGCUACUGUAUUCGCCUGGAGAACCUUGACAGUGAAGUGGUACAGCUCCGAGAACGGCACUGGAGGAUAUUUAGCUUGUCUGGCACCCUGGAAACGGUCAGGGGCCGUGGGGUGGUGGGAAGGGAGCCAGUUCUAUCCAAAGAGCAGCCAGCAUUUCAGUACAGCAGUCACGUCUCGCUGCAGGCAUCCAGUGGUCACAUGUGGGGUACAUUUCGUUUUGAGAGGCCUGAUGGCUCCCACUUUGAUGUCAGAAUCCCACCCUUCUCUCUGGAGAGCAACAAAGACGAGAAGACGCCCCCUUCUGGCCUUCACUGGUAGAGCAGACCGAACGCCGAGACCCACAGAGACCUGGGUGUGUGGUAGACCCUUGCCCCUCCCCAUUAUGCUGCAGCCAAGAACAUGGAGCUUUUAAACGUUUUAAACCAGUUUUAACUGUUGUCUAAUGGGGAGGCUUUUUUGAACUUUAAUACCGGCUCUCAGGCUGCUUGUAAACAUAAGCUGUGUUACAGUUAACCCUUUCCAUUGUGGCACCUGCUGGGAUUGGGGCUGGAGACGAAUAUCUUUGCUGCUGCAGAAGUCUAGUCCCCUCAGCAGGCCUGGACCCUUUCCAAUCUGUUGUGAAUUCUCUGCGAUGUGAGGUUUCUCUAAUAAACUGGCCCUUCCAGUUGCAACCAGUCUUCCUUUAUAAGCCAAGGCCUACCUCUGCAUCCAGCCUGCCCUAGCUUGUUGCUUUUCCCCAUGUCUAUGUGCAAAUCAGAGUCAGCCCAAACUUCUUGCUGCUUCAGAAAACAGCAGUGUGGCUGGUUUGGAGCAGGAAUGUGAGCUCAGCCUUCUUGCAAUGCAUCUGCUUUCUGGGAUUUAGCCAACAUGUGGUGGAGCAGCCCAUGAGUUCCACAUCUUGUUUGGCUUGUGUGCUGGAGCAGUGUGAAGCAGGUUUUGCGAGAGAAGGGAGUGCACAGAGUGGGAGGUGGUGGUGAGCAGGAUGCCACAGAUUCUUGUUUGUGUAGAGCACUGGGAUGUGUGUUGUGAUGGUACAGGUGAGCUGAAGGAGGACCCUCCCCUUGCAAGGGCUUGCCUCACUGCAGGGAUGUGUCCCAGCUACUGGAGGGUACCUCCCUUCUCUUGCUGCACCUGUAACCCUAUUACCUUGAUAGUUUCUGCUUUGGCAGGAAGAGCUUGAUUUAACCUGCUGUCAGCCACAGCAAGGUGGUGCUUAGCUUUCUGCACCUGCUUGCUCUGCUUAGUGGGUUGUGAUUUUUUUGGUAGUCUGUGUGGAGAGCCCUGCAGAACCAUGCAGGUCAGGGAAACUGCUGCAAGAUUAUAAAAUUGUGUAUUUGUGGGGACUUUGCUUUCACAUGUGAAGGGCCUAGCCACAAUGCAAAACACCUGUUGGCUCUUUUUACAAGCCAGAGUGGCUCUCAGCAGCUCUGAUGAUGACAGAGAUCUGGAGAGACAUCAGCCUCCAUCUGACCUUUCUGUCUGUCUCUGGAUUUCCAGCUUUCUGGGUGAUUCAUGGGGGCAGAGGCUUUGUGAUAGAAACCCUAGGCAGAAAGUUUCAAAGCUUGCUCCUUUCCCUGAUCUUGCUUAAAUGACAAAGUAUAACUGACUCACAGGACUGAUCAUUUUCUUGGGUUACUUUUUUUGGAAGUAUCCUAGUUGCCUCUUCUUCCCCCUCAGUCCUCUGAGCACCUUCUUCAAAUUUGGCUCUGCAAGGCAGCACUGUGGCAGUGCAAGGGGCUGUCUCAGCUGACAUCUUUAGAAAAGACAGUGGGUGAAAUCCUCACACUGUCCUGUACCCAGCAGAUACCUGUAUAGAGAGAGUUAAUUACUGCUGCUUAAACAGUGCUUACCUGUCAGCAAACUCUUAAUUAUGUGUCUUCCUUCCUGUCAGGUAGGACAUGUGAUCUCUGUUACUUUUAAUGUUUAAAGAUUUGACAACCAGAUUGCUUCUAGGGGUAGAAAAGGAUCCUUAUAGAACAACCCACAGCUGACAACCCUGUGUUGUUGCUGUCAUGCUGAUUUCUUCACGGGUGGAAAGGGGUUGGUGGGUGAAAUGGUGCUUCAAGUUCAGAGGGAGCAGGGUCCUGUAGGAACCAGCUUUUUCACUCCCAUGAAAUACAGUCAAGAUGAGAGUAGUAGUUACCCUGCCUCUCCCUUGGGUCACCGACCUCAGCUUACUGGCAGUUGCACCACCACUGUAAAUGUUUAAUUCUUGCUUAUCUGCCCACGUGCCUGAGGUGCUGUGGACCUAAUGCUUCCAGUAACAAGCUCAGAGGUUUUUAUGUUCUUAAGUGACAACAUGGUCCUGGAGGCAGCACCAAGCAGAACAGCUUGUGCAGCUGCAAGGGACCCGUGGUGUUUGCUGUGAGGUGCCAGCUGAGCAGGGUACAGCUCACAGAUAUUCUUGGCUGAAUCAUGAGUGGCAAGCACAGCGGUGACCUGCAGUGCCGGCACUAGACUGGGCUGGCACGAAGCGUAAGAAUGCUUUGGGAAGCACAGAAAGGGCUUGGGGAGUGCAGGAUUUUUUCACUUCGUUUGUGGAAGGGGGGUGUGUGUGUGUCCCGUGCCUGUCCCGGGGCAUGAGUGCAAUUCCGAGGAGCCUGGGGCUCGGGAAGGACUUUUCUUCAGCUGAUGCUUCCCACAGGCGUGUUUCCAGAGUGCGGGCGAGCCGCGUUCACUCGCGUGUAAAUAACCUGUACAAAGAACUAACCAAUAAAGCGCUGAAGGAACG